CUCUCGACAAGUCCUCUCUCCCUCCUCACCCAAAACUCUUAUCAAAAAUGUCCGACGACGAGCACCACGAGACCUUCGAGUCGGCCGGCGCCGGCGCCUCGAAGACCUUCCCGAUGCAGUGCUCGGCUCUUCGCAAGAACGGCCACGUUGUCAUCAAGGGCCGCCCCUGCAAGAUCGUCGACAUGUCGACCUCGAAGACCGGCAAGCACGGUCACGCCAAGGUCCACCUUGUUGCCAUUGACAUCUUCACCGGCAAGAAGCUCGAGGACAUUUCGCCCUCGACCCACAACAUGGACGUCCCCAACGUCCGCCGCACUGAGUACCAGCUCCUCGACAUCCAGGACGGCUUCCUCUCGCUCAUGGACUCGGACGGUGGCAUGAAGGACGACGUCAAGGUCCCCGACACCGACAUCGGCUCUGAGAUCCAGAAGGCCUUUGACGACGGCAAGGACCUCAUGGUCACCAUUGUCGCCGCCAUGGACGAGGAGCAGGCUAUCACGUGGAAGGAGGCCCCCCAGGGCAACUAGAUCUGAUGACGUGGGUACAGUGGGCGAGGCGACAGGCCUUAUCUGUCGAUUUAAGCCAUGCAUCCUUGUUUCUUAA